GUAGGGUUUUCUGGUCCUGGUAGGCGAGCUGGGGAAGACGCAAGGUACUGCGGCUGCGCGCGAGGGGUCGUCGGACGACCGACGAGGACGAGCGGCAUAGGCGCGUGCAUGGCGCUCACGAACUUCAUCCUCACGGUGGUGGGGGUGGGCGCGGCGGUGAUGCUGCUGCGGAAAGACGUCAAGCAGUCGGCCACCGUCUUCCGCCGCAACGUGCGCCACAUCCGCAACUGGCUCGAGGAGGAGUCCGCCGCCGCCGCCAAAUCUACUGAACAGUCUUCAGUGAAGGAGUUGGAGUCCCAAGCUGCCAAGAAAGACGCUGUGCCCAAGGACGACAAACAUUAGAUGAUCUUACACCCUGUUUCUUGUAAUGCGUUGGCAGUUUGAGGUCCAGGAUUUUGAAUUGGUCCUUUAAAAAAAUGUAUGUGUUGUAGGACCUUUAGUUCUGUUGGAAAUUUUACUGAAUAAUGGAAGACAUCUUAGGUUCAAGGUUCUGAAAUGGGAUCUUAUAUCUCAAUGAGAUUAUGAUGGUGGAUAUCUGCACAUCAUGUCUAAUCUUUGUCGAGUCUUCCUGUGCUUCAGAUUAAAUUGUACCUGGAAAAAGGUGUACCAUCCUCACUCUACAUUAAUCUGACAACCCGUUAUACAUGUAAUCCGAUAAUGGUCCUUGUAUUCAGUAUUUGAUGACAUAAGCAUUGAUUGCGUAU